AUGCGGAGGGCAUGGACUCCUCCCAGCCAGGGCAACAACAUGCAAGGUGUCCUGGCUCACCGCACUCAUAGCAGCACCUCAGAUCUAGGUCCAGCAGUGGAUGUUGUCGUCGGUUUGGGUCACCCUCCCGCUUCACGGCCGGUUCUAUCCGGGCCCCCUUCAGCCCCUCUCCUCUCUGUGCUUUUCUCCCUCCUCCCCGAGACCACUCUCUUCAUCCGGGCCUCUUUUAGCAGGUCCUGGGUGUUGUGUGUCAGGGUGCCCAGCCAGCCCGUGUACUCCCAGCAGCGGGAGGCAACAUUGCUGCACCUGAGCCCAAUCCAGCCUGCUCUCUCCCCGGCCCAGUCUCCCCUCCUCUGCCCUCCCUCCCAGCUCCUCUUGACCUCCACGGCCCUCCAGAAGUCAGUGCUGCCCUCCCCUCUACUCCAAUCACAGCCCUCUCCAGGAGAGACUGAUCAAUUCGCCCUCCAUUUUGGCUCCCCGGGCCAGCUGGGCCUGCCUGAGUCCUUCAACAAGGAGUCACUUGUCUCCAGAGUGAAGUUGAGCCAGUCCUCGUCCAGGUCAGAGAUGUCAUCGACCCGAGUGGAGGUGGUCAACCCGGCAGCCCUGACAACCGCACUGGAGAAAACCCCAUACUCUGAGCGAAGGCACAAGCUGGAUCAACGCAGCUUUCACCUGUCAGGUCCCUGCACCGGGCACAAGCGCCACAACUCCCGCCCCUCGUCCAGUAACUCGGAGGAGGAGGGAAAGAGCGGCACACGAAGAGGGAGGCAGGCGGUCAAGAUGAGGCCAAGGAAACUGUUUAAACCCACAGCCAAGCCCAACCUCCACGCUCAGGCCCAGGCAUGGGAGGAACAGAGCAGCUCUGACGAAGAGGAGGAAGAGGAGAAGAAAGGAAAUGGAACAAAGGACAGGGCCUCGCUGGCAACCACGAAAAUAUAUCACCACAUCCAGAGCAGCAAGAGCGCUCGUGACACAGUCAUGGACGUUUCUCCGGAGGGGGACCUGAGCCGGGUGGUGUCGUCCCACAUGGUGACGUCAUCCAGUUGGGAGGCCGACGUGGAGGCAGAGGUGGAGGGUGAGCUGGGUCGCUCCCCUCACGACAUGGGCGACAUGUGUCGCCAGUUCAGCUCCGAGCUCCAGAGGAAAUUCCAGAAUCGCUCCAGACGUAUGGAGCUGUACACCAAGCAGUCUCUGAAGACCGUCCAGCAGCACGUCUCUUCCAUCAGCAUGAGAGUUCAAAACUACAGGUCUCAGAAGCUGGAACAGGUCAGGGGUGUUCUGCUGAAGGAGAUCAACAACUUGGAGGAGGAUGAAUCCACUCUAAAGAACAUGGAGAAGGAACUGACUACAUACUGGAGGAAGCAGUCUGUGGCUUUCCAUUCCUACCAGGAGAAAGAGACUAGAAGACUGCAGAGCCUCAAGAGUACCUUUCAGACCGAUGUGUGUCACAGCCUGGAGUACGAGGAGAGGAUCUUCACCUCUCAGAUGUGCCUGAUGAGGAAAGACAUGAAGUCAGUUCAGGACAGACUCUUCAAGGAAAUGCAAGACGAGGAGAUAAUGAGUGUGAGGAGAGGACUACAGGCUCUUUUCCUGCCAGAGGGACCAAGAUUUUAAACCCAAAUCAAGUACCUCUGCACAUUUAUAAGAUAUGUUUUGUGUUCUGUGAAGUUUGCCCGUCAUUCUACAUUAGCUGUAAUCAAAUUUAAUAUAUUAAGCAUAAGUUAAAGAAAUAUAUAUACAUGCCUUAUUUUUAAAAAAAUAUCAAAUGUGAAUUUAUAUUAACAUUUUUUUAUCAGAUCAUUUUUGUAUUUUUGCAGUGAUGUUUGACACUAACUUUAUAGUUUUAACUGUCUCUCCAUAAGAGUAGUAUUUUCAAUAUAAAUAAUGCAUUUCUGUGAACAUUGUUUGAAUGGCAUUUUAUCUGUACAAGGUUGCCUGCUAUUUGUUUGCUGUUAAGGUCGCCUAAGUUUAUUAAACUUUUUA